UGAGGUGCUGUUAGUGAGUAGAGGAGUGGACAAGUGCGCGGGUGGAGCGGAGCCGCUAUGGUUUUAUCCUGACAGUCCGUGUGUGACGGUGGUGUAGGUGGUGCUGGUUCGGUUCGCUUCGGUUCUGUGUGAGAGAGCGCGGAUGGAUUUCAUGCUGAGUGGUGCGGCUGCGUGCGGCGCUUGUUUGUUGACGAAUCCGCUGGAGGUGGUGAAGACCCGGAUGCAGCUGCAGGGCGAGCUGAGGAGCCGCGGCUCGUACCGGGUUCAUUACCGGAACGUCUUCCACGCCUUCUACACCAUCGGCCGGGUGGAGGGGCCGCGGGGGCUGCAGAGGGGACUCGGACCCGCGCUGCUCUACCAGUUCUUCAUGAACGGGGUCCGGCUCGGUUCCUACUCCAUCAUCGAGUCCGCCGGGUACAUCCACACCGCGGGGGGUCGGGUCAGCACCCUGAAGAGCACCGCCGCCGGGGCCCUGGCCGGGGUCGCGGGGGCAUUCGUGGGCAGCCCGAUCUACCUGGUAAAGACUCACCUGCAGAGCCAGUCCACGUCCACCAUCGCUGUGGGACACCAGUAUCAACACCGGGGGAUGGUGCACGCUCUGACGGUGAUCCACAGGGAGCACGGCAUUGUGGGAUUGUGGAGGGGUUCCAGUGCUGCAGUGCCCAGGGUCAGUGUGGGCUCGGCGUCUCAACUGUCCACCUUCUCUGUAGCUAAAGAGUUCAUUACUGAUCUACAGAUUUUCUCUCCUAACAGCUGGUUGGUGUCUCUGUGUGCUGGGAUGAUCAGCAGUGUGGUGGUGGUUUUCUUCAUGACUCCAUUUGACGUCAUCAGCACACGACUCUACAAUCAGCCAGUGGAUCACCUGGGAAAGGGUGAGCUGUACCGGGGGUUCAUGGACUGUUUCUCUAAGACCCUGAGGAAGGAGGGUGUGUUCGGCCUGUAUAAGGGACUGGGCGCGUCAUAUUUCCGACUGGGACCCCAUACCAUCCUCUCCUUACUGUUCUGGAACCAGUUACAAUCCAUCUACUACAGCUAACACACACACACACACACACACACACACACACACACUCUCAGUAAGGACUGUACAGGUGCACAGUGAGAGCAGAUGUGAGCUGAUGAUGUGAUUGGCUGAUAUAAUGUCGAGUAUCAGCUCUGAUUAAAGGUUUUAGCACCUCUGUGAGUUUAUUAUAAAACUAUUAAACAUUUUAAUAUCAUUAAUAUUAUUAUUAGAGACGUUAAUUACAAUAUUUAGAUUAGAGGAUCAGAAACGCAUCCUAAUCUUUAUUGCUGAUGCUGUACAUCAUAACAUAUAUUAUAAAUAGAUGAUAUAUAAUAUAUAGAUUUUGGCCAAAUGUUUUUUAUAUUUUGUUGAGUUUUUAAAUAAAUAGAGGAUUAUUCUAGCAGCGACCGCAAAGAACAAACUACAGUCAGUGAUGGACUACACAGGGAUGGAACAUAUAGACGAGCGAUUUCACUACAGGAUUUUUAUUAUUAGAUUGGUCACGUCUGAUUUGUAAUCAGAUUGUUUUUCUAGAUUAGGUAUGAGCCAGAGAUGUACCGCUGUACUACCCUGAUGUAUAUUUAUAUAUUUUUGCUUGACGUCAGUUAAACCACUGUGACCAAACACCCACAGAUGAUGAUGAUGAUGAUGAUGAUGAUGAUGAUGAUGCUUUCGGUGUAAACACAGGAUGACGAGCGAGCAGUGAUCCUGAGGUAAAAAGUCACUGCUGGUCUGAAUGAGGCUCAUAUUCAGUCUCUGAGACGUUUCUGCUGCUUUGUUCAGCCCUUAAGGUUUGAGGUUAGCAGCGUUUUCCAGUGUAGGGUUAGGGUUAGGGUUAGGGUUAGGGACUGAGUAAAUCUGACCCGAUAAAUCAGACAGUAAACCGAUAUUGUGAAAUAAUCACAUGAAUCCAGCAGAUUUCAACAUGCCGGUGUGGAAGUUCCCUCUCAGAUCAAAACGCUCGUCUGCAGAUUCAGAGUGAUCAGGAACCUCAGACAGACAGGAAGUAGUUCUGCUAGUGAAGCAUCUUCCUCAGAAUCAUGAAGACAGAACUCUCACACACACACACACACACACACACACACACACACACACACACACACACACACACACACACACACACACACACACACACACACACACACACACACACACACACACACACACACACACACACACACACACACACACACACACACACACACUGCAGGAUCCAUACAGACCUGAAUCAGAGACUGAAUGACGUGAAUAACUCAGAAUCUCUCAGGAUGACUCUCUUGUUAGAUGUUUAUUACCAUCGUCUCCACGAUUGUGUAACAAUGACUUUAUUUAUUUACACACUCGUUAUUUCCAGCUGAAUUAUUUAGCAGAAUAUUGUGAUUAUCUGUGUGAUUAAUAUUCCUGAAUGAAGUAAAAACUCAGUACUGUAAAUGUUACUGUAAUGCUGGGUCGAGAUCAGAACCCAUCCUGAUGAAUGCUGCUGAGAAACGCACACCAAACUAAACAACAAACUUUAACACUGGAGCAAUAAAACAAGAGUUUUAUUAAAA